GGAGCCUCGCGCGGUGCGCUUGAUGAGCAGACGUUACAACCUGACGGCUACGGGCUUCAAGUUUCUGGAAAUUGGAAUUAAUGUUGGUCCACCGAGCUACGUAGAGAUCGCCCUAGGAGAUCAUCGAGGACAAGAGCUGAUAUUGUCUCUCGAAACAUGGAAAGGACUCCAUGAGCAGCAAUGGAAUAUCUACAAAUUGCUACGAAACAAUUACAAAGACAAUUUUAUAAGCGUCGGACCGUUAACAGUCCGAGUUUGUAUGAUGAACAACGUUACACUCGUACGUCUUGAAUCUUCAAACGUACGCAUUAUGAUGAUCGAAUCGAUGCUACGCCGUAUGUUUAAUCUCGCUGAAUGUAUUGAUAUAACGUUCACUCAACUAGACAGACUCGUUGAAACGAUCGAUGAAAAGUAUACGCGAUUCUCCAACAUUGCGUCUAUUAUAACAAAUCCCGAGGAGAUACCAUACGCGAUAGCGAUAUCUUCGAUAGGCAUCAACUCGUCGAUUGCGAAUUGUUAGUUUUAGUUUUUAGUAUGUAUGAAAAAAAGACGAUAUAACA